GGAAUACGUUCAUCGAUUGGUUUUUCGCGUCGGACCGUAUUACGUAUGCAGUCUGACAGACUGUCGUUCGUGAAGAACUCAACUGUCGCGAUAAAAACUUCUUAGAAAAAAAAAAAAGAAAACCAUCUUUUAACGACAAAGUAACUGACAAAUAUAUCAUUUACGUUUCAUGUGAUUUGCAUGUUGUGCAUAAAUCCUUGGUUAAGUAAAUUGCUUGGAAAUCCAUGAUGGCGCACGUUGAAAGAUCGCGCUAGUACAUACCGAUGUAAGUGCCGCGUGUACCUGUUUUUUGUUUCAAUUCUUCGGAAAGUAAGGAAUUCUCUCUGGACCCGGUUCACCACGAUAUCUCCAAUUUUGAUAUUGGAAUUCCUGCACGAGCGUCGACACGUGAUCAUCGUCUUACAUCGUUCGCAUCGUUCACACAUCAUUUUUUUAUGGUGGUCGUCAUCAUGCAAGCACAGCAGCAGCCACAGCAACAACAGCAGCAGCCACAGCAGCCGCAGCAGCAGAAUCAUCAACAAAUUGCAUGCAGCAGUGUCAUUCUCAAGAUGAACGAGAUACCACAGGUUUCGACAAUCGGGUUACUGGAACUUGCUCACAGGGAGUAUCAGGCAGGAGAUUACGAAAACGCUGAAAGGCAUUGUAUGCAACUGUGGCGACAGGAAACAUAUAACACAGGGGUUCUUCUGUUGUUGUCUUCUAUCCACUUCCAGUGCAGAAGGCUAGAAAAAUCCGCUCAUUAUAGUAGUUUAGCGAUAAAGCAGAAUCCCUUGUUGGCGGAGGCUUACAGCAACCUUGGGAAUGUUUUCAAGGAGCGUGGUCAACUGCAGGAAGCUUUGGAAAACUAUCGGCACGCCGUUAGAUUGAAACCAGAUUUCAUUGACGGUUACAUCAAUCUAGCAGCUGCAUUGGUAGCUGCUGGAGAUAUGGAACAAGCGGUUCAAGCAUAUGUGACUGCUCUACAAUAUAACCCUGAUCUUUACUGUGUGAGAAGCGAUCUUGGUAAUCUUUUGAAAGCAUUAGCAAGACUUGACGAAGCCAAGGCUUGCUAUCUAAAGGCGAUUGAAACGCGUCCAGAUUUCGCGGUCGCGUGGAGCAAUCUUGGCUGCGUGUUCAACGCUCAGGGGGAGAUCUGGCUGGCGAUCCAUCACUUCGAGAAGGCCGUGGCUUUGGACCCAAAUUUCUUGGACGCUUACAUCAAUCUUGGCAACGUGCUCAAGGAGGCUAGGAUUUUCGAUAGAUCCGUAGCUGCUUACCUGCGUGCUUUGAAUCUCAGCCCUAACAAUGCAGUCGUGCAUGGAAAUCUGGCGUGUGUUUAUUACGAACAAGGGCUUAUCGAUUUGGCGAUCGACACGUAUCGCCGUGCUAUCGAACUACAACCGAAUUUCCCAGAUGCUUACUGUAACUUGGCGAACGCGCUCAAGGAAAAGGGGCAAGUGGCUGAGGCUGAGGAUUGCUAUAAUACGGCUCUCCGCCUUUGCCCUUCGCACGCCGAUUCCCUUAAUAAUCUGGCCAACAUAAAACGCGAACAGGGGUACAUCGAAGAAGCAACUCGGUUGUAUUUGAAAGCGCUUGAAGUAUUUCCUGAUUUUGCUGCAGCUCAUAGCAACCUGGCUUCCGUAUUACAGCAACAAGGGAAAUUAAACGAAGCAUUGAUGCAUUACAAGGAGGCUAUUCGCAUUCAGCCAACUUUCGCGGAUGCGUACUCGAACAUGGGCAAUACGCUGAAAGAAAUGCAAGAUAUACAAGGGGCGCUUCAAUGCUACACAAGAGCUAUACAAAUUAAUCCCGCUUUCGCCGAUGCUCAUUCCAAUUUAGCUUCAAUUCACAAGGAUUCCGGGAACAUUCCCGAGGCUAUUCAAUCGUACAAAACUGCGCUGAAGCUGAAGCCCGACUUUCCCGACGCGUAUUGUAACUUGGCGCAUUGCCUUCAGAUCGUUUGCGACUGGACCGAUUACGAGGCUCGAAUGAAGAAAUUAGUCUCGAUCGUUGCCGAACAAUUGGAUAAGAACAGGUUGCCAAGCGUGCAUCCGCACCACUCUAUGCUCUACCCGCUGUCUCACGAAUUCAGAAAGGCCAUUGCUGCUAGACAUGCGAAUCUUUGCAUCGAAAAGAUACACGUUUUACAUAAACAACCGUACAAAUACCCACGUGAAAUUGGCACUCGCUUGAAGAUUGGAUACGUUUCGUCCGAUUUUGGGAACCAUCCUACUAGCCAUCUGAUGCAGUCGAUUCCGGGGUUGCACGACAGACAAAACGUUGAAAUCUUUUGUUACGCUCUCAGUGCCGAUGAUGGAACCACUUUUCGUGCAAAGAUCGCUAGAGAAACCGAACACUUCGUCGAUCUAUCGCAGAUUCCGUGCAACGGGAAAGCAGCUGAUCGUAUUAACGCGGAUGGAAUUCACAUUUUGGUGAACAUGAACGGCUACACAAAGGGAGCAAGAAACGAAAUAUUCGCCCUGAGACCGGCACCGGUUCAAGUGAUGUGGCUUGGAUAUCCCGGAACAUCUGGUGCUAGUUUCAUGGAUUAUUUAAUUACGGACGAAGUUACAUCACCGGUGGAACUUGCUAGUCAAUACAGCGAGAAGCUUGCUUACAUGCCACACACGUACUUCAUUGGAGAUCACAAGCAAAUGUUCCCGCAUUUAAAGGAACGUCUUAUUUUGACGGACAAGUUGAAUAUGAAAGGCAAAGUAGCAGAUAAUGUAGCUGUGAUAAAUGCCACCGAUCUCUCUCCCAUGAUUGAAAAUACGUGCGUCAAAGAAAUCCGCGAAGUUGUCGUACCGGAUGCCAAAAAUAAGCCAGUAGAAAUUUCCUUGAAAGUUGCGGAACUGCCAACCACUACUCCUAUCGAGACAAUGAUUGCUUCUGGACAAUGCCAAAUGUCUGUGAACGGCGUUGUAGUUCAAAACGGCAUGGCCACCACGCAAGUGAAUAACAAAACAGCUACGGGUGAAGAAGUGCCUCAAAAUAUCAUGAUUACAACGAGACAACAGUAUGGUCUGCCAGAGGACGCAGUUGUCUACUGUAAUUUUAAUCAAUUGUACAAGAUCGAUCCGCUCACACUUCACAUGUGGGCACAUAUUCUAAAACACGUGCCAAACUCUGUAUUAUGGUUACUACGCUUCCCGGCCGUUGGUGAGCCAAACCUACAAGCGACAGCCCAACAAUUAGGUUUAGCUCCCGGUAGGAUCUUGUUCAGCAAUGUUGCUGCAAAAGAAGAACACGUUCGAAGGGGACAGUUGGCUGACGUAUGCUUGGACACACCGCUUUGUAAUGGUCACACUACUAGCAUGGAUGUUUUGUGGACUGGAACUCCAGUAGUUACACUACCAGGUGAAACGCUGGCAUCUCGUGUUGCUGCUAGUCAGUUGAAUACUUUGGGCUGUCCUGAUUUGAUUGCACGAACACGUCAGGAAUAUCAGGACAUUGCUAUUCGUUUAGGCACUGACAGAGAAUACUUGAAAGCUACGCGAGCCAAAGUGUGGAAAGCAAGAUCGGAAAGUCCAUUAUUCAAUUGCAAGUUAUACGCAGCGGGCAUGGAAAUGCUGUACAAAAAAAUGUGGGAACGUUACGCGCGAGGCGAAAAGCCUGAUCAUGUGUCAGCAGUAGAUAAAACCGAAAGGGAAAAAUUACUAACAGUUACAUCUUAAACAUAACUCUAUUUCUAAAUAUUUUUAUUUAUACAGCUUUAAUUCCACAUCUGGCUUCUCUUUCAUUCUUUCUUUCUUUUUUCUUUUUAUAUAAAAACGUAACAUUUAAAACAGAUAAUCGGUAAUCUAUUUCAUGAAAAUAGGAUUUUCAUACAAAUUCCAUAUGUUUUGGUAUUCACCGUUUUCUAUGAUACGUCGUCAAGCUCGGGUAACAGGAUAAUUAUCAUACAUAUACGUUCAAUUACAUAUUUGAUGUCGCAACAAAGAAAAUUGUGGAUUGUUAUACCGUCGUACGAGUCACAAGAAAUAAUUACAUUCAUUUUCUACGUUAUACAACCACAUCUUUCACCUUAUUUAUACAUAUAAUAUAUUAUGAUUCUCGUAAAGUCAGAUGUCUAUAUUUUUUGUUUAUCUUUUUGGUAAUAUGUGUAUAUUACCUGAAUUGGAAUGGGAUUGUGUACAAGAUUGGCUUCUUCAUUGUAUAAAGUACAAUGACACAGACAUAGUAUGUAUGUUGACGAAGGUUUGUAUUAUUAAUAUGAAAUACGCAGCUGUCAUUGAUACUUUUAUUCGAAAGUUUCUUUGAUUCUCAAAGUCUCUGACGCGUGACUCAUUACAUAAUAACGAAUAAAUGCUGGAAGGAUGUUCUUAUGGUCAUAUUUUCCGAAUUUAUAACGAUAUUGUCGUUCGGAUCGGCACGUAAAUGAAGAUUGAAAUACAGAGAGAGAAGAGUCGGAUUAUUUGCACCAAGAUGUUAUUGCUAGAAAUUGCUGGUAGCAGAGUUGCAAGUUGUAUUAUAUAUAUAAUUAAUUAAUGAGAUAGACAUGUAAAUAUUAAAAUUGUUAUUGCUUUAGUUACGAUAACGUGUACGUUUAAGAUUGAAGAAAUGUGUGAGGUAGUGAAAAACGUCGACUGUAGUAAAUUCCGAUGUACGUCUAUAGAAUAAAAAAAAAGAGAGAAAAAAGAAAAAAAAAGAAAUAAUUAAAAAAUAUAAUUU